CUUAGCUCCGCUAAUCCCCUGGCGGUGAUCAUAAACAUUGAGCUGUGGGCUCAUAAAUAACGCUGAGCCUUAAGUGAUCUGAUUGUUCCCACACAUCUUUCUUUCUGACCAAAGAUGGCGACAAGAACAACUCAAAACAUAGUGAUUCUCGGCGGCACCGGCAAGGUUGGUCGCCAGAUCACGAAGCUGUUCGCACAAACAUCGACCCCCGUCUACCAAAGUUCCCGGAGCGGGGCCUCCACAACGGAGCCGGACGCCGAAAACGUUCAUGCCGUCGCGUUUGACUGGGAGAAUGAGCAGACAUGGACCACGGUCCUAGGCGUCGGCGCUGCUAGUAUCUUUCUUGUAGCACCGCCGGUGAUGGAUAUGCUUCCGCCGAUGCGGUCAUUCAUUGACCAAGCGAGGAUGCAGAGUCGCAAAACGAGAUUUGUGCUGCUGAGCGGCAGCCCAGUUGAGCCUGACAUUAAUGGGUAUGCGAUGGGUCGGCCGCAUGCGUACUUAGAGGAGCUCGGCGACAAAGGCGAGGUGGAAUGGGCUGCAUUGCGACCAACGUGGUUCCAACAAAACUUCGCAGAGCAGGAACAUCAUCGCCUGGCGAUUAUCAACGAGAGCACCGUGUAUUCCGCCACCGCCGACGGCAGGAUUCCCUGGGUGGCUACAGAGGACAUCGCUGCCUGUGCGUUCCAGCUACUCACUCAAGAAGACGCGCCGAAUGACGAAUAUCUCAUUCUUGGGCCUGAGCUACUCACUUACGACGAGGUCGCUGGCAUACUCUCCGGCGUUCUGGGACGAAAGAUUGUGCACAAACGUCUUUCAUCACAGGAGCUGGUGGACCGUUACGCCGCUCAGGGCAUGCCGCGGGAUUACGCGGAGAUGAUGGGUGGGCUGGAUACGGCCAUCAAGAACGGGAGCGAGGACAGGACCAACAGCGUCGUCCUUGCGGUGACUGGGAAACAGCCAAAGCAGUUCCGUGACUUUGCUGAGAGGAACAAGGCAGUCUGGGCGCAAGAUGCCUGAAAACAUGGUCACAAUAGGCGGCUCUUCAGGCUUGAAGCGAGUAUUGGCUCACCGAACUCAGGUGAGAAGGAUGAGUGCAUGCGGCAGUGACGCUGUGAGAUGCCUCCCACCCUUGCUCAUACUAUCUGGUCGCUACACCAGACUUUCUUUCUCGGCGAGCGUU